UUCUCUCAUUUUGAAGUUCCAAGGAAGUUGCCUUCCUUCACCAAGUUUGUCUUUCAGUGGGAGCAUUUUUCAAGCUCCGUCGAUAAUGGCUGCCUAAGAAAAACAACCUCCACUAUCACCACCAACCAAAAUCCCAAUUCCCCCAAUUCCCCCAAUUCCUCAAUUCCCCCUUUCUUCUCCAUGAAACCCAAAACCCUAAAUCAAUUCCAAUGUCCCUUUCUCCCCACCUUUUUCUCCUUCUUCUCACCAUAGCAUCUCUCUCCCCCGCCGCCGCCGCCGCCGCCGCCGUUGAUUGCCCUCUCAACUUCACCGUCCUCCGCCAGUUCUCCCAGGGUUCCGUCGUUUCCCGCCCCGAUUUCUCCGGCGAAUGUCCAUACAUCCGCCUCGGUCUCCGCCUCGUCCUCUCCCAGUACCUCAAACUUACCGGUUCCUUCUUGCCUCCGGUGAACUCUUCCGAUUCAUGCUGGAAUUCUUACCAAUCGGUUGUGAAUGUCACUUGGCCGAAUUUCGACAUUCGGAGCUCUUGCGGGUUUCAAACCGGGUGGAUCUCACAUGGCUGUAUGAACAUCACCACCAAAUCAGAGUUUGAGAGAAUCGUUCCUAAAUCAGCCCUCGAUGGUGUUGUUGCAAUCUGUAAUCAAUCGCUUGAAAAUGGUUCCCCCUGUGCCUCGUGCACGACGAGGCUCGCGAUCAUUCAGGCCUCGUUCUUGACAGGUCCGUCGAUCGGCAAUGUCACCGAUUGCCCCGCAUAUCCGUCGAUCUAUACAGCGGCGUUCGUGAAUCAGUUUGGACCGACCGAUUUGGGAACUGCCAAAUGCUUAUUCUCACUCAAUCCUCCAUCGGAGAAUUCGAGAGGCAAGAAACGGAAUACGGUGGUGUUAGUUGUUCUAAUUUGUUGUGGCGUUGCGGCAGCGGCGGUGGCGGUUGCAGGCGGGUUGUUUUUCUGGCGGAAACAGGGGAAAGUGAAGAAGAACGAUAGAAUCCGUAGAGUUGAAACAGGGUUGGGUUCUGGAUUGGAAUCGAUAAGUGAAAGCACUACUUUGGUGAAGUUCACAUUCGAUGAAAUCAAGAGGGCAACAAGGAACUUUUCUAGAGAUAACAUAAUUGGAAGAGGGGGUUAUGGAAAUGUGUAUAAAGGGGUUCUAUCAGAUGAUUCUGAAGUUGCUUUGAAGAGGUUUAAGAACUGUUCUGCAGCAGGGGACGCCAUUUUUGCUCAUGAAGUUGAGGUAAUUUCAAGUGUUAGGCAUGUUAAUCUUGUAGCUUUGAGAGGAUAUUGUAUUGCAACUACUCCAAUGGAGGGUCACCAGAGAAUAAUUGUGUGUGAUUUGAUGAAGAAUGGGAGUCUUUAUGAUCAUUUGUUUGGGUUUUCAGAUAAGAGGUUGAGUUGGCCAAUUAGGCAAAAGAUUGCUCUUGGCACAGCUAGAGGAUUGGCUUAUCUGCAUUCUGGAGCUCAGCCUGCCAUUAUCCAUAGAGAUAUCAAAGCCAGCAACAUUCUUUUGGAUGAAAACUUUGAUCCCAGGGUGGCUGAUUUUGGUUUAGCUAAGUUCACGCCAGAAGGAAUGACUCAUUUGAGCACAAGAGUUGCUGGAACUAUGGGGUAUGUGGCACCCGAGUACGCCUUGUACGGCCAGUUGACGGAGAGGAGUGAUGUGUAUAGCUUUGGAGUUGUUUUGCUCGAGCUUUUGAGUGGGAGGAAGGCGCUCGGGGUGAGGAGCCAUGACAGCCAGCCCUUUCUAGUGACUGAUUGGGCUUGGUCUUUGGUUAGGGAACAAAAGGCAAGGGAUGUUAUUGAAGAAGGCAUGCCAGAGCUGGGUUCUCCAGAGGUUGUUGAGAAGUAUGUACUGAUUGCUGUUCUUUGUUCCCAUCCCCAGCUCUAUGCCAGGCCAUCAAUGGAUCAAGUUGUGAAAAUGUUGGAAACUGAGCUCUCUGUUCCUUCAAUCCCAGAGAGACCCAUCCCUUUAGUUGCUGAUAUUGAUGAAAUUGAGAGAUCUAUGAGUAGUAGUAGUUCUGCUCAGCAUUCUGGUUCAGUUGGCUUCCAUAAUUUCACAUUACAAAAUGACCAUAAGUAGGGUGGGGGGGUCGUCUAGGUCAUAGAAACUGGCUGUACUUUUCUACAAGAAAAAGGAGGAAUCCGCUUGAGAAGGGGCUUGCAUCUGAUUACAUGGUUGGUCAAAGAAACCGGCCGCACGAGAAAAAGGAGGAAUCUGCUUGGGAAGGGGCUUGCAUCUGAUUACCUAGUUGGUGAGACAAUAACUUAUCAAUAUUGAGGGACGAUCAAUUGUCAACCUUAGAGGAUGAUCAACUAUAUAGGGACUGAUACAUGACCUAGGCUCGUACGAAAGGACAGUCAUGUGGAGUUUUCUGCAAUGUGCUAUUCGUUUUGUUUGUUGGAUUAGUUGGAUGAUUCCAGAUUUGGAGUCCAUGCUUCUACUCCAUUGUAAAGAUGGAUAGAUUUGUAAGUAUUUAGUUUUUCUAAUCUCUUUUUGAAGUUCAGUGUUGGAGGGAGAGUAAUGAAAACAUGGAACAUACUUUUUUGUUUUGAAGUUCAGAUUUUGCAUUCAAAUGUUUAGACUUUGGUUUUGCUUUUGCAUCAUGAUAUCCUUAGAGAAAUGGAUUUAAAGAAGCAUUAUUAACCU